UUAGUAUCUUGACUCCGGGAAUGUAAACUGGGUAAAAAGCAUUUUUGUGCGGAACACCUUUCCGUGCUUAGAAACCUCAUCAGUCCAACUCGGGCUACGCUGACCACAGUAUUUUUGCAUAUAACUUACUUCGAAAUUCACAAAAAAGUGCAUAUUUCAGACCAAAUUGAUUAAUAAAUGAGUGAAAUCAUUGGGAAAAUAACUAAACCGUACCCCUUCUAUCAAAUAAAUUAGUGCACCAUAUUAAUAUAUACGUACAUAAAUUUGCAGGGAUGAGAAAAAGAAUGUGGGUGCGUCAGGUGGCAGUCCAUCAACAUGGAAGCAUAAUAUGGCGGUACACCAAAUUAUUGGGGGAACCGCUGUUAACAAUGCGGAAGUGCACGAGUCAUUUUUAUUAGACACAAUACUUAAUGAAUCCAGCCAGUCGGUAGUAGCACCAUCUCCAUCGCCUCCGUUAGCACCGUCAACACCUUCACCAUCGCCAUCCAUGGAAGCAGCAUCGACGCCCUCGCCAGUACCACUGCUUUCAGCAUCAGCUGUGUUGCCUGGUGAUUCAUCUGCACCUGCUUCUUCUGGAAGAAAAAGAAAACGUUCGGGAGAAGUGAUCAGAAUCAUGCAGGAACACACAGAAUUGCUAAGGAGUGUUGUGGAUGAUACCAAGGUGCUAACAAAUGAGGUUGUUACUGCCAUAAGGGAACAAAAUGACACCUCGAAAGAGUUUUUAAAGUUGAUGAAGGUUUUAAUAGAUAAGAUUUAGAAAAUAAGUGUACAUACACUCGUCGUAAUAGCUACAUAUAAAUCCACCACACAUUGAAAAGUUUUACCCACUAACAUUUUUAUUAUUAAAU